AUGAUCCCUCGUCACCAGAAUUGUAGAGGCCCCCGUCGCUCUAAUAUCUGGCUGCUGGCUCACCCUAUGGUUCAGACUAGCAUCAUUUACUCUUCGGAUCAGGUGGUUAUUGCUAACUGUUGUUGGUGUUCGAAGAACUUCCGUGUGGCGAUCGUUCACGGUGCCAACGAUCAGAUCACUCGGCGAUCUUUGUGGAUGGAUCUUCUCUCUUUUGUUGAUGGUAACACGGUGUUCAUCGGCGAUUUUAAUGCUAUUAAAGGUGCUCAUGAGCGUUUAAGUUCGGUGAUGCCUUCGAGGAGCUCUUGUAAGGAGUUCUGCGAUGUGGUCUGGCAGGCGGUUCCUCCCUGGGAAAAGGUUAACUCCUCCUGGUCGGCUAAUGUGCAUGUUCGAUGCCCCAUCUUCAAGGUGAUGGCUAAGUUUAAAAGGCUGAGAGGUGAUUUAAGGAUCUGGAAUAAAACUGUCUUUGGACAUGUGGACGAGCUUCUUCAGUCGGGACAGCAGAAUUUGUUAGAGAUUCAGAAUAAUAUUUCUCUUUUGGGCUAUACCGAUCAGCUGUUUGAGGAUGAAGUGGUUGCUCAAGCUCAUCUCAACGUUAUUUUGGAACGAAAGAAUAGUCUGUUACAACAGAAAAGUCGUGCGAAUUGGUUGCAGGAUGGUGAUCGCAACUCGUCUUUUUUUCACCGUAUGAUUCGUUCUAAAAGGCAUGGCACGAGGAUUGAGCAUCUUAAGAUUGGUGACUCCUUUUCUUAUGAUCGGGAUGGCAUUCAACAGCAUAUUGUGGAGUUUUUUUCCAACUUGUUUAAAGAUGAUGGUGGGAGCAGAGUGGAGAGGAUUAUGAUUGAGGCUAUUGUCGAUCAAUUUGUUACUGAUGCUCAGAACGACACCCUCAUUGGGGUCCCGGAUAAUGAUGAGAUUACUGCUUCGGUUUUCGGUCUUGAUGCCAAUAGCUCGCCAGGGCCUGACGGUUUUAAUGGGCGUUUCUUUCAGAGUUGCUGGCCCAUCAUUUGCGCUGAUGUUGUGGCGGCGGUUCAGGCUUUCUUUCGCUUUUCUUAUUUGCCGGCGGGUUGUAAUUCUAGCACGCUAAUCCUGAUCCCUAAAAAGGAUAACGUUGAGACUGUGGCUGAUCUUCGUCCUAUUGUUCUUUCUAAUUUCUUCUUUAAGAUCAUCUCGAAGAUCUUGGCCACUAGACUAAGUGGGGUGGCUGCGGCCGGGGUCACUCCGAAUCAAUUUGGUUUCAUUGAAGGUAGAACGAUACAUGACUGUAUCAUGCUUGGUUCGGAGGGGUUUAAUUGCUUGAAUCGUACGGGGAGGCGUUCGAAUAUGGCUUGCAAGAUUGAUAUUCGCAAAGCUUUUGAUACGAUGAGUUGGGAGUUUAUUUUACAGGUCCUUCGGGUUUACGGUUUUCAUGAGAACUUUAUUCGUUGGAUUUCUGUCAUUUUCAGUUCUGCUAGGUUAUCCAUCCUCUUUAAUGGGCAGCUGAGCGGCUAUUUUGCUUGUUCCAGAGGGGUCAGUAGAUCUACUCACUUUCCCACUCAUCUCCUCUACGCUGAUGAUAUUUUGAUUUUCUGCAAAGCGUCAGUCAGGAAUGCGCGGAAAAUUAAAGAAAUCCUGGAUCUUUACGGGGAGCUAUCGGGUCAGAUCUGUAAUCCGGAGAAAUCUCACAUUUACUUUGGCUCGGGAGUUUCUCACGUUAUGAAACAUGGGGUGACUCGACUUUUGAGCUUUGCGGUGGGAUCUUUACCGGUUACUUAUCUGGGAGUUCCGAUAUUUCAAGGUCGUACUCGGGCUUCUUAUUUUAUGGGCAUACACGACAAAAUUGUCAAUAAAUUUUCGAAUUGGAAGGGUUUGCAGCUCUCUAUGGCUGGUAGAAUCUGCUUGGUCCGCUCGGUUAUCCAAAGUUCUGUCACUCAUUCUAUGAUGGUUUAUCGCUGGCCAAAAUCUCUGAUUUACAGCUUGGAUAGGAAGUGUCGGAACUUCAUUUGGACGGGUAAUAUGGAUAAAAAGCCUUCAUGUCCGGUCAGCUGGUCCCGUGUCUGCGCUCCGCGUGCUAACGGCGGUUUGGGGAUCAGAUCGUUCACUACUAUGAAUAAAAGUUUUUUAAUGAAGAUGGUUUGGAGAAUCAUUCAGGGUAAGGAGUUUGCUCCUGCGAUUCUUUGCACGGGGUACUUGACUUCCUUUAGAUAUGCUAAAAUUUAUUUGGCUUCCUCUCCCAUCUGGACUGGUAUUCUUGUGAAUAAUCUGGUUGAUGAUUCUUAUUCUUAUAUUGGCACUGGCGAGCAUACUUAUUUCUGGCGCGAUGAUUGGUUGGGGUAUAAGCUGAUAGAGAGGCUUCAUAUCUCGAGCUUUAUGAUUGACUUCCUCGAUCAUGCGGUUAGUGAUUACUUUUAUGAUGGUAUUUGGCACUUCACUGCGGAUUUUAUUAUCAAUUAUCCGGAUAUUGUGGUGGAUAUUUUGUUACUUCCAAUUGGGGAUGAGAAAGAUGCUCGUUUCUGGAAACCUUCGGUUUGUGGGAAUGUGACUGCUUCUCUUGCCUAUGAGACUCAAAAUUGUAACUUUACAAAGGUUGUGUGGGGAAAUUGGAUUUGGGAAAAAUUUAUCCCAGAACGUCGUUCUUUGACCUGUUGGCGUAUCAUUCAUAAAAAGUUGCCCACGUUGGACAAUCUUAUGAGACGCGGUCUUUUUGGUCCAAAUAGUUGCAUCUUGUGCGGUUUAGAUAUGGAGACCAUAGAUCACUUGUUUUGGAGCUGUAAUGUUCUGCGCCCGGUCUGGACGAGCUUCUUGGCUUGGUUUGGCAAAGAGGAGCUCUCUCUCUGCUUGGAUAUUCAUAGCGUCCUGGUUGCUGCUUGGAAUGAGGACUUCAGUCCCCAAGUUCGUUCUUUCUGGAAAGCGGGGCUUAUUAAUCUGUUGUGGAAAGUCUGGGAUUGUCGAAAUCAACUGACUUUCAAUGAUGCUUCCUUCCAUCCUAAUAUUAUUGUUAGUUUUUUGCAAGUGAUGUUUAAAGAGUUGGAUGCUAACUUCCCUAGGUUGGGCUGCUCUCACAACUCUUGGGCAGAUUAUACUUGGAUGAAAGUGAACACGGAUGGUUCAGCUUUGGGAGCCCCGGGAAGCAUUGCUGCUGGUGGCGUCUUCCGGGACAACUGGGGUUGGGUGCGUGGGUGUUUUCACUUUAAAGGGGGCACGGGGUUUGCUUUCGAGGCCGAGUUGCUUGCGGAUGUCCCGUGGCGUUUCAAGGCUGCGUGGAAUCGCACGCUUCUUCUCCUUUUUGACUGCCGUUUGCAAAUAUCUCAUAUCUAUCGUGAAGGUAAUACUGCGGCGGACUCUAUGGCUAAUCAUGAUAGAGAGGAGGGUUGGUGGCCAUAUGCUAUCGAUGCCAUCAAGAACGACGUUGCUUUAGAUAUGUCGACUCAUAGUCGUGUUCGGAUUAAGUCUUGA